AUGUGUGGUAUCUUCGGUUACUGCAACUUCCUCAAGGACAAAGAUCGCAAAGAGAUUCUGGAGAUCCUUUGCAAUGGUCUUGCUCGCCAAGAGUACCGUGGAUAUGACUCCGCCGGUUUAGGUAUCGAUGGUGACAACCCCGGAGAGAUCGUCUUCUUCAAGGAAGUUGGCAAGGUUGCUGGGUUGCGGAAACGGAUUGCUGAGUCCAACAUCAACACCAGCAAGACCUUUUCUUCUCAGGUCUCCAUUGCUCACACGCGUUGGGCCACCCACGGACCUCCCUCCACCGUCAACUGCCACCCAAUUCGUUCGGACCCGAGCAAUGAGUUCAUCAUCGUCCAUAACGGUAUCGUGACAAAUGCUGCUGCUCUCAGGCAGGUCCUUCAGAACCGCGGCUACAAGUUCGAGUCCGAGACGGAUACUGAAGCCGUUGCCAUCCUUACGAAAUACGUCUACGAUUCUCAGCCUGGCAAGAGGAUUACUUUCCCUUCCCUUGUUAAGACGGUUUUGAAGGAGCUUGAGGGAUCUUUUGCGUUUGUUUUCAAGUCCAUCCACUAUCCUAAUGAGAUUGUCACCGCCCGCCGUGGUUCUCCUCUCCUGAUUGGCGUGAAGACGGAGAAGAAGUUGAAGGUAGACUUCGUUGACGUCGAGAUCUCUGGACCCGACGACGGCAAAGCUGUCGAUGGCUUCGUCCCUACCGCACCUAACUCCCGACUUGCUCCCCCUGCACCCAAGAUUUCUCGCAGGCAGUCGCGUAACUAUAUGUCCGAGGAUGGUAUGCCUCAACCAAUCGAGUUCUUUGUUGCUUCGGAUGCCUCUGCUAUUGUCGAGCACACUAAACGCGUCCUCUACCUGGAAGAUGAUGAUAUUGCUCACAUUUCUGACGGUCAGCUGCAUAUUCACCGUCUCCGCAGAAACGAAAGUGGUCAAGCGGAAACCCCUGCUACCCGUAGCAUCGAAACGCUGGAGAUCGAGAUUGCUGCCAUUAUGAAGGGCAAGUUCGAUCAUUUCAUGCAAAAGGAGAUCUACGAGCAACCUGAGUCGGUCGUGAAUACCAUGCGUGGACGUGUCAUCUUUGACGACUACCGCAUUACCCUUGGUGGCUUGCGCUCCUAUCUCCCCAUCAUUCGUCGUGGCCGCCGUAUUGUGUUCUGCGCAUGUGGUACCAGCUACCACUCGGCCCUCGCAACCCAGGCAAUGUUUGAGGAGCUGACCGAAAUUCCCGUUAGUGUCGAACUUGCAUCUGAUUUCCUGGACCGUAAGACGCCUAUUUUCCGUGAUGAUGUUUGCGUUUUCGUCAGUCAGAGUGGCGAAACCGCAGACACUAUACUGGCACUCAGGUAUUGCUUGGAGCGCGGGGCACUCUGUGUUGGUAUCGUCAACACUGUAGGUUCCACGAUCUCUCGUGAGACGCACUGCGGUAUCCACAUCAAUGCUGGCCCUGAAGUAGGUGUAGCAUCGACAAAGGCCUACACGUCGCAGUAUGUGGCUUUGGUGCUGAUGGCGCUUCAGCUAUCCGAAGAUAGAAUUUCUUUCACUCCACGGCGCAGAGCUAUCAUUGACGGUCUGCGUGAACUGCCGGUUCAGAUUAAGAAGGUGCUGGAACUCGACAGCACUCUUCGGGAGUUUGCCAAUACUCUCCUUGCGAACCAACGCAGUUUGCUGCUCAUGGGCAGGGGGUACCAGCAUGCUACUUGCCUCGAGGGUGCGCUGAAGAUCAAGGAGAUUGCCUACAUGCACUCGGAAGGCAUUCUUGCUGGCGAAUUGAAGCAUGGACCGCUUGCGUUGAUUGAUGAGAACAUGCCAGUGAUUAUCGUGAUGACCCAGGAUUCCCUAUACCCGAAGGUGCAGUCAGCAUUCGCCCAGAUCACCGCUCGCAAGGCACAACCAAUCGUGAUUUGCAACGAGGGUGAUGACGGGAUCAAGAAAGGUGUCAAGACGAUUCGUCUGCCCAAGACCGUAGAUGUCCUGCAAGGCCUUCUUAACAUCAUUCCUCUCCAGUUGUUGAGUUACCAUCUGGCUGUCAAGAAUGGCUUUGAUGUUGAUUGCCCAAGGAACCUGGCCAAGUCGGUGACCACGGAGUAA